AUGUUGUGGAUUAUGAGAUUCUCCGGGUUUUUCUCCGCCGCAAUGUUCAUGAUUAUUCUCUCUCCCUCCCUCCAAUCCUUUCACCCAGCCGAAGCAAUUCGAUCCUCGCACCUUCACAUACCCUUCGCUGAUACCGAUAACCGAUUUUCUUUCCGGAAAGCCCCUUCAUUCCGCAAUGCCGAUGAAUGUGGUUGGAUUUCAGGGGAAAUAACUGUGUGUGACCCUUCCUUUGUACACGUCGCCAUAACCCUAGACAUCGAUUACCUGCGCGGUUCGAUUGCUGCCGUUCACUCCAUCCUGCAACAUUCCCUCUGCCCUGAGAGCAUCUUCUUCCACUUCCUCGUCUCAGAGACGAAUCUAGAGUUUUUGGUUCAAUCCACGUUCCCGGAGUUGAAGUUCAAGGUCUAUUACUUCGAUCCAAACAUUGUGAAAAACCUGAUUUCAACUUCGGUGAGGCAAGCGCUGGAGCAGCCACUCAAUUACGCUAGGAAUUACCUUGCGGAUCUAUUGGAGAGUUGCGUCCACAGAGUUAUUUACUUGGAUUCGGAUCUCGUUGUUGUGGAUGAUGUUUCCAAACUGUGGAGUACAAGCUUGGGUUCUCGGACAAUCGGGGCUCCGGAAUACUGCCACGCAAACUUCACAAAGUAUUUCACGGCGGGGUUUUGGUCGGACAAGCGGUUCUCCGGCACGUUUGCGCAGCGGAAACCGUGUUACUUCAACACGGGAGUGAUGGUUAUGGAUCUGGUAAGAUGGAGAAAGGAAGGGUACACGAAGCGGAUUGAGAGGUGGAUGGAAAUUCAAAAGAGCGAUAGGAUCUACCAGCUUGGUUCGUUGCCGCCGUUCUUGCUUGUUUUCGCAGGACACGUGGCGCCCAUUCAGCAUCGCUGGAACCAGCAUGGUUUGGGUGGCGAUAACGUUGGGGGUAGCUGUAGAGACUUGCACCCUGGUCCAGUUAGCCUGUUGCAUUGGUCCGGUAGUGGCAAGCCAUGGCUCCGCCUUGACUCCAAACGGCCUUGCCCUCUUGACUCUCUAUGGGCACCGUUUGACUUGUACGGACACACUCACUGA